AGCGCUGAGCUCCCUGAAUUCCUCUGGCAGCUCAGCAGCCUGGGAUGGGCUGCCUGUGUUCUCCCUCCUGCCAGCAGCUGCUUCCAUGAGGAACAGCAGCCUCUACGAGCUGCUGCAGGUGGGCAGAGCUGCCUCCAGGCAGCCCGAGUGGGGACACUUCUCCCGGCUGUGGCACGCCACUGGCAGCCUGCUCACCUCCAAAUGGAGCCUGACAGAAGUGGGUGAGUAUGUGGAGCUCCUGCAAAUGAUGAAGAAAGCUCUAAUCCUCGUGGACUUUGGGGUGGCUCCUGGAAAAGCAUUGGUGCAUCAGAUCUUUCAGAAUUCUACUGAAGCGAUGGAAUCCUCAGAUCUCAGUGAUUUGUACAGUUCAUUAAAACUCCUCAUCAGUUCAACUUCUGCCACAGACAGCACACUGGACUUGGAAAGAAUGUUUCAAGAAAUACUUCCUCUGUAUGAAGGGGGUGGUGAAGGACUGUUCUACUCUAAUCCCUAUGGAAAAGAGAAUCAAGAUGUUCUGACUAUGGCUGCAGUGAUUUGGAAUGAGAUCAUUUUAAACAGGACUGAUUUUAUUGCAGAGAAUGCAUGGGAGGUUAUCAAAAUGCUUGCACUCGAUGCAAUCUCACUCGAAGACAUUGAAAAUUAUCUCAGCACAAAUGAAAAAGUGUCAUCAUUAUUUUCUGACUUCUUGUUGACCCCUGAAACUUUUGAAAAUUUCGCAGAACACCUUUUGUCCCUUGAGAAACUUCUCGGUGCCAUGGCAAAGGUGAAUACCAGUGAUCAUUAUCUGCUGAUCUCUUCUUUGUCUAAGCUAAUGCAGAAGCUCCCUUCUGGAGGGCAAGAAAAUGAACUUGAUGCUUUCUGGCACAUUGCUGAAGGUCUGCAAUCCUUGAACUGGAGUAAUCCAGACAGUCUCACUGCCCAGUCACUUCUGGACAUGCUGCAAAAUCUGCUAAAUACACUGCAAAGUGACUCCAGCCUUCCUUUCAGUGAGGAACUGAAGCAGCUGCUAAACUUUGCAUCUUCCAUCUUUGAGCUGUAUGAUGAAGAAGACUCUGUGGGAAGCAACAUCUCCACAUACUUGAAGGCCAUGCAGAGGGGUAUCUUAACUUUGAAAGGUCUGCAGGAAAGGUAUAACAUCAGAGAGCUUGAAUCUCUCAGCCUGUUACUUGAUUCUUACAGUAACCAUACCCAGAGACUGAUGGAAAUGUGGGGAGCAGGAAUGAAAGUUCUUCAUGAGACCAACUUAAACAAAACAUUGGAGGAAAAAAUGGCCAGUAUCUAUAAUUUCUCACAUUUUCUACUGCAGGAGUUCAGCCAGUCUCCCUCACAGCACAAUUCCUCACUACAGGCAAAAGUUUGGGAGUUCUUGAGAUCAGCCUUGGAUCCUUUCCUUGAGCCCAGCAGCAAUGGCUACAGGACACUCCAGAACUGCUCCUUUGAAGAUGUGCUUGCCAUAGGCCUUGAGGUGCUGUUUGAAAAUGCCACUCUAAGGGAGUCCUCAGCCAGGAGCCCCUGCAAGCCCCUCUUGCAUUCCUUGGGCGUGGAGGGUGGGACAGGGAGCAAUGAGACCUUUACCAGGCUGUUCCAGCUGGCCAUAAGCAACGUGCAGCUGUCCCCAGAGUUUGCUGCUGCGUACAACAACAGCAGGGAGGGCUUUGCCAAGGAGCUGUCGUGCCUCACCCGAGCUCUGCGUUUGUCCCUGAGUUUCCUCUCCAAGUUAGACCUUGUCUCUGGGCUGGGAAACUCGUGGCUGCAGGAGAAGGGGAGAGCUCUGAGUGCAGCCACGGAGGGGCUGGUGCAGGGUGAUGCCUGGUGCCCCAUCCCAGCCCAGGAUGUGGGUGAUGUGUCCCCAUCCCAGCUUCUGAACGUGCUCCUCUCUGCCCUGCUGAAUGAAACAGCGCUGAGCUCCCUGAAUUCCUCUGGCAGUGCCACAGGCUGGGAUAACCUGACCGUGUUCUCCAGUGUGGCACAGGAUGAGCUCCACAGCCUGCUGCAGAGGCUCCUGCAGAGCCUCACCACAGGCAGCUACUACACAAGUGCCUGGGAUGUGUUUGACAGCUUCCUCAGCACCAAAAGGAGCCCAGCUGAAGGAGCUUCCCUUGCAAGGCUGUUGGAAGCAGUGGCAAGUGACUCUGCCAGUGAUCUGUCAGCUCUAGAAAUCACAGAAGCCACCUUCUACAUUUUCAAGGCGCUGAACAUCCCUGGCCUGCUAAAUGAAUUCAAUAUGAGUUCCAGUUCACCUCCUCUCUCCAACAAAACCAGUUUUGACACUGUGAUUGAUAUCGUUGCUCAUCACUUCACUGUUGUGGCAGAAACCCUUUACAACAAGACCCUGCCUUGGACUCUGAGUGACCACACUCUGUCCCCAGCCAGCUUGAUCACACAAUUUCUGUUUUUAGAAUUUCAAAACACCAUCUUGCAGGUGACAGCGAACAACAGCUAUAACCCAUACCUGAUGUGUUUAAUGAAUUCUGCAGAAGCUGAGGAUGGGGAAUUGACAGAAAACAUCCCACUGCUUUUGAAGCAAACUCAUCUGAAAAAGAACUCUUUUAUGCAAAAUAAUACCUCUGAGAAACAUUCAUCCAUACCAGAGCUCCUGAAGCUAAAAAUCUCUCGCCUCCAGGAUCUGACAGCACUUCUGUGUAACUCUGAGAGCUUUCAGUCCAUCCAGCAGCUCUGCCACCUCCCUGAGGCUCCCUCUGGGGAGCUGUGUGAGCAGGGCCAGGCUCAGGAGCAGCUCCUCCGUGCUGCUGAGCUGAGCAGCCAGCUGGUGGCCAGCAUGCUGAGUCACAGGAGGAUCUCCCAGGAGCUCCAGAAUGUCCUCAUUGGGGAUGCCACAGACAUCCAGGCACAGCUCAAGUGGCUUCAAGAAAAUGUACCAGAAAUUGCAUUCUUUCAAGAGAUUCCUCAGUAUGUGGCUACUUUGAAUUCCAUGCUGAAUGUCACUGAGGGUUUUACAGACUCCAGCAAGCAAGAAAAGUUAAGAGAUGUGUUUAAAAAUGUGGAGCAGCUCAAAGAGGACCUCAGAAACACAACAGGAAUGUCUACAGCCAGCAUUGAUGCUCUUCUGGAAGCAGCUUUCCCAGAAAACAGCAGUCAGCUCCUCUCUCAGGUGCUGCAGCUGGAGUCCUGCAGUGCCCACCCCACUGACCCACAGCUGCAGGUGGUGCUGCAGGAGCUGUGCAGCCUCCCUGUGCCAGAGAGGACUCGCAGGACCUACCUCCUUGGGGUCACCCUGCUGAGACACUUGGACAUUUACAAUUUCUUGUACAAGAUGUUUUUCCCUAAGGAACUUCAGAAACCCAUGGACAAGAUGUUAGGCCUUCUGACAAAAAUGAAAUAUUUCAGACACCAGGUUGAAUCUGGCAUUGAUCCAUUGCUACAAGCUAUUCAUUCCCUGAAAAAGCUCCGACAGUCCAGGAAAAUGCCACUGACUAAGGCAUUAUUUAAACCAAACAACUCUGGGAUAACACAUGGCACUUUUAAAUCCAUGUCAAAAGUCCUCUGCAACCAGGAGAUCACGCCCUUGUUUUUUGAGUCUUUGCUUCCAGACUUUGGAGACCCUGUAAGCAACAGUUCUCAUGCAGGGGAUGUCUAUGUCCAAAAGCUGAUGAGGAAAUAUGGGAUUCCUCAGGAUUCCACCCCAUUUUGCUUAUCCUUUUACCUGGACCUGGUCAAGACCCCCACCGGAGCUUUGAUUUGGUCUUUCUUAAAACCAAUGGUGCUUGGGAAGAUCCUUUUCACACCAGACACCCCAGAAACUCGAGCAAUCAUGGGAAAGUCAAAUGCAACCCUGGAGCAGAUGGCUGAGUUAGCCCUGAAGUCCCAGGAGUGGCUGGACCAGUCUCCUGUCAUCCUGAAUUCACUGACUAAGUUAAACCAGACAGUUCCAAUGAUCAAGAACGCCCUGCAGAAUCCCUUUGUGCAGGUUUUUAUCAAGCUGAUGGUGGAUCUGGACGCAGCUGAGCUCCUGAGUCAGAUAAAUGAGCUGGAUGACAUCCGGCUGGAGCUGCAGAACAACGCUGAUGUUGUUGAGCAGCUGAACACUUUGGCUGCCCUGGCUGUGAACGUCUCGUCCUGGUAUCAUUUUCAAGCUGCCUCCAAGGCCUGGCCAGUCAGUUCCUGGGGGCCUGUCCCUCCCUCCUGUGCUCAACUACACCAUCAGGAUGAGCAGCAGGAUCACCCAAACCACCAACAGGAUCCGUGAGCGCAUCUGGACCGUGGGCCCGCACAACUCCACCUCCCAGAGCCAGAUUUACAGCAGGGCCUUCAUCUACAUCCAGGACAGCAUUGAAAGGGCCAUCAUUGAGCUGCAGACUGGCAAGAAACCAGAGGAAAUAGCUGUUCAGGUCCAGGCCAUGCCCUACCCCUGCUACAACAAGGAUAUGUUCUUAACCAGCGUGACCUACUCGCUUCCAUUUGCUCUGAUGGCUGCCUGGGUGCUGUUUAUAGCUGAUUUUGUUAAAACACUUGUUCAGGAGAAAGAUCUCAGGCUUUAUGAGUACAUGAAGAUGAUGGGGGUCAAUGCCAGCAGCCAUUUCAUCGCCUGGUUCAUCGAGUGCGCCAUCUUCCUCCUGAUUACCGUCACCUUCCUCAUUGUUGUUCUGAAAGUAGGUGACAUCCUUCCCAAAACAGACACAGCCCUCCUGUUCCUGUACCUGAUGGACUACAGCCUGUCCAUCAUAGCCAUGAGCUACUUCAUCAGUGUUUUCUUCAACAACACCAACAUCGCUGCCUUGGUGGGCAGCCUGGUCUACAUCCUCACCUUCUUCCCCUUCAUCGUGCUGCUCGUCAUUGAGAACCACCUGAGCUUCUCUGUCAAGAGCCUCCUGAGCCUGUUGUCUCCAACUGCCUUCAGUUAUGCAAGUCAAUACAUUGCUCGCUAUGAGGCACAGGGCAUAGGACUGCAGUGGGACAACAUGUACAAGUCCCCAAUGAUUGGAGACAACACUUCCUUUGGCUGGAUGUGCUGGCUCAUUCUGAUAGACUCCUUCAUUUACUUCAUCCUGGGCUGGUACAUAAGGAAUGUUUUCCCAGGUAGAUAUGGCAUGGCUGCUCCCUGGUACUUCCCACUGCUUCCAUCUUACUGGAUUGAGUACAACAGCUACCUGCCCUUCUGGAAUGAGAAACAGAGAUGCCUGCUCUUCUCCAAGCUGAUGUUGAGGAAAGAAGUCACCCUCCCCCACAAGAUAUGUGCCCCCCACCCUCACGUGGAACCAGAGCCCACCGACCUGCCCUUGGGAGUCUCCCUCCACAGCAUAACAAAGGUUUAUGGAUCCAAAGCUGCAGUGGACAACCUCAGCCUCAACUUCUAUGAAGGGAAUAUCACUUCCCUGCUGGGACACAAUGGAGCUGGGAAAACUACAACCAUAUCUAUUUUGACUGGGUUGUUCCCUACAUCAUCUGGCACAAUCUUUGUGUAUGGCAAAGACAUCAGGACUGACCAGGAGGUGAUCAGGAAGAACAUGGGAGUGUGCAUGCAGCACAACGUGCUCUUCAACUACCUCACCACCAAGGAGCACCUGCUGCUCUAUGGCUACAUCAAAGUCCCUCACUGCAGCAAACAAGAGCUCUACCAAGAAGUGAAGAGGACUUUGAAGGAGACUGGGCUGUACAGCCAUCGACACAAGCUGGCUGGCACCCUGUCAGGGGGGAUGAAGAGGAAGUUAUCCAUAGCCAUUGCUCUGCUGGGAGGAUCCAGGGUGGUGAUCCUGGAUGAGCCAACCACGGGCGUGGAUCCGUGCUCCCGGAGGAGUAUUUGGGAAAUCAUCUCCAAGAACAAAAAAGGCAGAACCAUCAUUCUCUCCACACAUCACCUGGAUGAAGCAGAAGUGCUGAGCGACCGGAUUGCCUUCCUAGAGCAUGGAGGGCUCAAAUGCUGUGGCUCACCUUUCUACCUGAAGGAAACCUUUGGGGAUGGCUACCACCUGACCCUCACCAAAAAGAAGAACAUGAUAGAGGAAUGUGACACCACAGCAGUGACCUCCUUGAUCCAGUCCUAUCUCCCAGAGGCUUAUCUCAAGGAGGACAUUGGUGGAGAGCUGGUUUAUGUGCUUCCCCCCUUCAAGUCCACGGUGUCAGGAGCCUACCAGGCCCUCCUCAGAGCCCUGGACACCAGCCUGAAUGAUCUCCACCUGGGUUGCUAUGGGAUUUCCAACACAACUGUGGAAGAGGUGUUCCUGAAUCUGACAAAAGAGCUGGUGAAGGACCAGCAAGAAGAGGCUGUGCUGCCCCAUCAGCUGCCUGGAGUCAGUGGUCACACUGGUGGUGACGAAAUGUCUGUGAGCACAGACACCUUCACAGAAAGAGAUGACCAGCUCCUGAUCAGGUCCAAGAGCCUGCGGGGUUUGCCGCUGCUGCUGAAGAGAACCUCAGCGCUGUUCAUCAAGAGGUUCCACCACACCCGGCGGGACGUGCGCGGCUUCAUCGCCCAGGUCAUCCUCCCCGUGCUCUUUGUGAUGGCUGCCAUGGGCCUGGGGACACUGAGGACCAAGGAGACCGAGUACCCUGAGCUGCCUCUGUCCCCCUCCCUGUAUGGCACAGCUGACCAGGUGGACUUCUUUGGGAAUUUUAAUGAAACCACAGCUGCUUUAGUUUCUUCAAUGCUGGCUUUCCCUGGGACGGAUAACACGUGCAUGAACGAAAGCAAUUCGCAGUGCUUAACAGAGGACAAGCUUGGCCAGUGGAUUACCAGUGGAAACCAGAGAACUAAAUAUUCUGCCUGCAACUGCACAGAUGGCAUCCAGACUUGUCCACAGACAAACUACACUCCCCCUCACAGAAGGACCUUCUCCACACGGACCCUUUACAACGUGACAGGGCACAAUGUGGAGAGCUACAUCCUGGCAACCACCAAAGAUUUCCUGCAGAAAAGGUAUGGUGGCUGGAGCUUUGGGCUGCCUUUGACACCAGAUCUGCAGUUUGACAUCAAGCCAGUGCCCCCCAACAGAACACUGACUAAGGUGUGGUACAAUCCUGAGGGUUAUCACAGCCUCCCAGCCUAUCUCAACAGCUUGAACAAUUUCAUUCUUCGAGCCAACUUGCCAAAAAAUGAGACUUCCAGAUAUGGUAUUUUCCUAUCAGCUCACCCAUAUCCUGGAGGACAGAGUCAAGAACAAGUAAUGCUAAACAGCUUAUUGGACAUCAUAGUGUCCAUGUCUGUUUUGGUGGGCUACUCCAUCACCACAGCAAGCUUUGUGCUCUACAUGGUCAAGGAGCACCAAACCAAAGCCAAGCAGCUGCAGCACAUUUCAGGCAUUGGGAUGACAACCUACUGGGUGACCAACUUGGUUUAUGAUCUGGUACUUUUUAUGGUCCCUAUUGGACUCUCAGUAGGAGUUAUUUCAGCCUUCCAGAUCCCAGCUUUCUGCAACAACAGUAACUUAGUGGCUGUAUUUCUUCUGCUGUUGCUCUUUGGAUAUGCAUCAUUUUCCUGGAUGUACCUGCUGGCUGGGCUGUUCAAGGAAACAGGGAUGGCCUUCAUUGUUUAUGUCUGUGUCAACCUGUUCUUUGGCAUCAACACCAUUAUCACUCACUCUGUUGUGUUCCUGCUCUCCCAGGAGAAGGCCACAGACCAGGGCUUGCAUGAUCUUGCUGAAAAUUUAAGGCAUGUGUUCCUCCUGUUCCCACAAUUUUGCUUUGGCUAUGGCUUGAUUGAGCUCUCUCAGGAUCAGGCACUGCUGGGCUUCUUAAGAGCCUAUGGAGUGGAUUACCCUGACAAAACCUUUGAGCUGGACAAGACCACAUCCAAGCUGCUGGCCAUGUUCAUCCAGGGCACCGUGUUCUUUGCCAUUCGGCUCACAGUGCACGACAGGAUGGUCCAGAGAGUCUGGAACAAGGUCCUGGAGUUCCUGUUUGACAGAGUCCAUGGCAAAGCCUCCCUUCUGCCCCCUGCGGCCGUGGAGGAUGGCGAUGUCCAGGCUGAGAGGAGCCGGGUGGAGUCUGGCAAAGCUGAUUUCGACGUGGUGCAGCUCCAGAACCUCACCAAGAUCUACCACCUGCCUCACAAACGCAUCACAGCAGUGAAGAACAUCAGCCUGGGCAUCCCUGCUGGGGAGUGCUUUGGCUUGCUUGGUGUGAACGGAGCUGGAAAGACAACAAUCUUUAAGAUGCUGACAGGGGAUAUUGGAGCAUCCAGUGGAAGGCUGCGGGUCCAGGAUCACUCUGGGUCCUUGAAUGACAUCAGUGAGGCCCACUGGUCACUCUUUGGCUACUGUCCUCAGGAGGAUGCCUUGGAUGACCUGCUGACUGUGGAGGAGCACAUGUACUACUACGCUCGGCUGCAUGGCAUCCCAGAGGGGGACAUCAAGGGAGUUGUACUGCAGCUCCUUCACCGGCUGAACCUGAUGGCCUACAAGGACAGAGUCACCUCCAUGUGCAGCUAUGGCACCAAUAGGAAACUGUCAACUGCUCUGGCUCUCAUUGGCAACCCAUCCAUUCUGCUGCUGGAUGAGCCGAGCUCUGGAAUGGACCCGAAUGCCAAACGUCACCUUUGGAAAAUCAUCAGUGAGGAAGUGCAGAACAAAUGCUCAGUGAUACUCACAUCCCACAGCAUGGAGGAGUGUGAGGCCCUGUGUACCAGGCUGGCCAUCAUGGUGAAUGGGAGUUUCCAGUGCAUUGGCUCUUUGCAGCACAUCAAGAGCAGAUUUGGAAGAGGAUUCACUGUGAAGAUGCACUUAAACAGCAGCACAGUUUGCACUGAGAAGCUGACAGAGUUCAUGAAGUCACACUUCCCAAAUACAUGCCUGAAGGAUCAGCAUUUCAAGAUGGUGGAGUACCACGUCCCGGUCUCUGCAGGAGGGGUAGCAAAUAUAUUUGAUCUCCUGGAAGGCAACAAAGCAGCCUUCAACAUCAGGCACUUCUCUGUGAGUCAGACAACGCUGGAGGAGGUUUUCAUCAACUUUGCUAAAGAUCAAGCAGAUCCUGAUGGCGCGGAUGCGGGUCCUGAUGUGACAUUGGACAGCUCUGACACAAGUAGCCAGGCUAGCACCAUAAGCUCCAUCUAUUGAAGGGAUCAUAGAAGCUGGGGAAAAGCCCUGACAGCCCUUCCAACCCUGUUUUAAGUGAUUUUAGGGUGAUGAGGAUAAGCAGUCCCACUUUCUUAAAGUACUUUGUUUUUUUGAUAAGCGCUUAAUUAACGUCACUAGGAACGUGGUAGAUCUUUGAGACUGGCACUUGGUUACAAAUCAGAUUGGGCUUUCCACAGGUUCUUUCCCCUUCACCCCCAAUUCUUGUUUUAUGAUCACUGUAAUGGCUGUGAGGAUUUAAACACCACCUGCUACUUGUGGCUGUGAUGGAGCAGAGGAGCUGUGGGCAGUGCAGGUGUCUGAGCACAGAGCAGCCCCACAGCCACAGAGGAAAGCCACACUCCUCUCCCUGCUCAGCAGCAGACUUGCUGGGUGAAAGUGGCUCAGUUCUGACAGGCUCUCCCUGGGGAAAUGGGGCUCAUGGCCUUGCCCCUCCUCACAGGGGGGUUGUGAGGAUGCAGGUGUUAAAUACUGACAGUGGCAAAGGCCAUCUUUGGUAAUGACACAGAGCUUCUCUGGUUAUGUCAGCACAAAUAUAACUAUUUUGUAAGCUAGUGCUUCCAGUGGUUUUGGUUUGUUCCUGUAGCUUAUUCCAGCUCUGUGUAACUCCUCAAGUGAAUCCUCUGGUCCCAGGCAGUUCCUGGCUCUUGGCACUCAGUGGAAGAUGAUUCCCCCAGGAGCCCCUUUCUCCUUCUGGCUGGAGUUCAGGGCUGCUCUGGAACAGCCAAGGAGUGGAACAGGGCAGGUCUGCUGGCUGAAUGCUCUGACAGGAAGAAGCUCUUUGCUUCAUAAGAUUGUAUUUCCCUGAGCACAGCAGAAGCAAGGAGCAUCCCCCUUGCUCAUAAAGCCUCCAUCUGCAGCAGCUUUGCCUCUCUGUGUCCUCUCCAGUGACCUUCCUCCUCAGCCCCACGUGCUGGCUGCCCCCUGACCCUGGAGCUGUGUUUUCCCACAUAACAAGGCAUCAUUAGCUCCUGCUUCAAAGACUCUGCCUGCUGGCUUGGAGGGAGUGCUCUGCCCAUUCUGAGAGCAGCCCCCAGCAGCUGAGUUCAGCACACCACCACACACACCUUGCUCUCUUCCCCCAGAAUGAUUAAUAGAUAGGAUAGUUUAAUAUGAUUCUUUAUUAGAUGUAUCAGCAUAAGGCCCCAGAGACUCGGGUUUGGGUCAGGGCAUUGAUGUACCUUCAAGCACAAAAUGAACUUCAACUCUGAGCUCAAUAAACUUGCUGUUGCUGGUAAAACAGA